AUGGCCGAAAUCAGCAUCAUUGUCGUAACUGGCGAUGGGCUCAAAACUUUCGAUCUCAAUGAGCUCAUUGCAAAGUGGAAUGAGGGAGGGCAGGCUUUGGGAACUGACUUGAUGAAGCUAUUGCUCACCACGAAUCUCUUAUUUCUCUUCGCCAUUACUGCUAUCAAGCUUUCCAUCCUGGUUCUUUACCAUCAAGUGUUCUCCAUAUCCCAAAGAUUCCGACUCAUGAACCACACUUUAACAGGUGUCUGCCUCGUGUGGCUCAUUGUCAGCACAUUUGUCAACAUUUUCCAAUGCAAGCCUGUUUCUGCAUUAUGGGAGGCUCUUGGAUCGACCCAAUACUGCCUCGCAAGUGGCACCAUGUGGUUGGGACUAGAGGUAACGAAUCUACUCGUCGACGUGGUUAUUUUAGCAUUACCCAUCUCCGAAAUUGGUCGUUUACAGCUCAGCACCGGCAAGAAAUGGUUCGUGGCAUGCAUCUUUCUCCUCGGCGGCCUCGUAUGCGUAGCAAGUAUCGCCCGGAUAACCUUUCUCUACCAUCCGUCGUCCCCAGAAGCCGUCACUCUCCCGGAAUCUAUGUUGACAGCAUCCGUGCAGCUUGGGAUUGCUAUUCUUUGCGCCUGUCUUCCUGCAUAUGGUCCUGCACUCAAGCUGUUCCGCAAAGGAGUCAGCCAAGCCAAGCUAUCGCUCGGGAUGAGUGUCUCCAAGAGGUAUACAUCUGAUAAUUCCAAAUAUAAUGUCUCAAAAAACAGUGGAAUGAAUGACCUGGAGGCCUCACCGUAUUACAUGGUAGAUGGAAAUGCCACUCCUGCCCAUAAUACUCAGGUGCAAAGUGGUGGGGCCAAUUUGCAAACGACGGACACCAUUCCACUGAAUGCCAUACAGGUCAAGAAGAGUAAGAUCAUCUUCAUCAUGUCGCAACUGGGGCCACUCGUGUGGCGCGUGGCCUUGGCAGUGCCCUUGCUUUAUAUCUCAUAUGCCUGUAUUGAGGCCUUUGCAGUUGACAAAUUAGUGGCCUUGCAAGAGCCAUAUCUUCAAUCCGGAAGGAUAGAAUGGGCCGACGGCGGCUCGAUUACAAUCCUGGAACGGUUCUGGCAUGUGCAAUUCCUCGAUGAGCUAUGGCGUCGCUUCACAGUCACAUUUGCUCCCUCCACCUUGGCAUUCGAUCCCGUCAGCUCGUGGCAAGCAUUCAGCUUCCUAAAUGACCUGGGCCCUCUAUUCACCAUUUGGAUACUUGAAUCGUCCCGAGUCGGAAAUAGGUAUACUCCAGCAUGGCUACCAACAAUAUUCGCUUUUUCCGGCCAAGUAUUGAGCUUAGGUGCGGUGACGCCGCUCUUUUAUAUUCUUUGCAUCAUCUUUAGCCCGUCCUCGUCGACACUUGUCGCCAAGGCUACACCAGCUGAACAGCGUCGAAUCACAUCAUCAGACAGCUCACCACUACUGCUUCCCAUUCUCUUACUCUUGCAUACGUUCGAGCUCUUCUACGCCUUUGGGGCAACUCAGCUAUCUACCCGCCACUAUUGGACCUGGGCAUGGCAGAUGACGCCGCUCUUUGUCGGUCUUGCUAAUACCAGCCUGGCAACGCUCAUUUCUCUGUCGCCCUCUCUGUCUCGCCAACUGAAGGCCAUCUCAUCGCCUCUUGUGAUGCUGGGCGUCCCUGCUGCCAUUUCAGCCGGAAUCUGGAUUUACACUUUGAUCGUUUCUCCCCAUUCAAUAUCCACACUUUUCCUACCACUCCUUGAGCCACAAGACGCUCUCGAGCCCCUUCUGCGACGCGGCUUGCAAAUUGAUGAGAUUUGUGUUUUUGGCAGUUCCAUAUUAUGGAUAGGAUAUCACAUAGCUGACCUCUACCUGAAUGGUCACGUUACAACGAGCGAGAUUUUCAACUUACUUUCUCUCCUUCCAGUUAUUACAGCACUCACCGGCCCUGGUGCAAGCCUAUCGUACCUUUGGUCAUGGAGGGAGUCAAAACUACACCGUUGA